UUAAGCUCCUGCACCAUUUCGAGUCUAGAGAGAAGCCGGACGGACCCUUCUCGCAGACUGCCACCCAUUUCCUCUAAGGGCGAGGUGUGUUUGGAGGAAAAGAGAUUUGCCUGGGAAAGGUCUUGGUUCCUUUAGCAUACCUAUUCGCCCAGCUUAUUUCCUCUGCCUCGCGGACUUCGGCCCUAUUCUCCCCCUCCAUUCCGCCCUAUGUCACACCCGUUACACUUUAGGGAAGUUUAUUUUCUGUUGUCAGGGUCCUGUUUAAGGGGCAGGAGCCUCGCCUGAUAUACCUCUGAGUCCUCAGCCUCACCAGCACAGGGCCUGGAGAGACUCCAAGUGAACAGAAGGAAUGACGGUGCUUUAUGUCACCUCCAUUAGGGUACCUUGAGUUGUGAUUAUGUCCAGAAACUCCUUGAGGGCACGGGCCUUGUCUGGCCCAUCUCUGUGCCCUUGGACUUCGCUGUAAUGAGUCCUGACAGUCCAGAGGCCCCAGGAGAAAUCUGAGCAAACAGGAAUGUUGGGGUUUGCCCUGCUGCCUGUAUUAGAGCACCCCGGAUUUUCACCGUGCGCUGCUUCAGGCUCCUUAGGAUGCAGGGGCCCUGGGCCGCACUAAUCUGUGCUCCCAGCUGCCCCCAGCAUCGGCUUCUGAGGGCCAGGGCGCCCCCGGGCCGGGCCCGUCCGCACCCAGCCCAGCUCAGGUGACCAGGCGGGUGCCGGGCACACCUGGCGCAGUCCCCUGACCCCGCCCCGGACCGGGCCGCACCCGGAACGCGGAACGCUCUCCGUCGGAGCCAGCCGCUGCGGUGGAGCAAGGCCAUGGCGGCAGUGCCGGCAGUGUGCGCCUCACAGGGGACCCCGCCGGGCACACCGUCCCCGCCGGCAGGCGCGCCUGUGCCCGCGUCCGGCCUGGGCCGCUGCCGGUUGGCGCUGCUGCUGGCCGUGACGCUGGACGUGGCGGGCAUGGCGGCGCUGCUGACCGGCGUGUUCGCGCAGUUGCAGGUGCGCGGCCGCGACUUCGGCGACCUGCUCAUCUACUCGGGCGCGCUGCUCGUCUUCCUGAGCCUGCUCGGCUGGAUCCUCUGGUACACCGGCAACAUCGAGAUCUCACGCCAGGAGCUAGAGCGCGACUACGGCCUGCGGCCCUCGGCGCUCGCCCGCCUCGCGCGAAAGCUCUCCCGCCGCUGGUCGGCGCCGGCUUCCUCCUCCGCCGGCCGGCGCGCCGCGCCCGGCUCCUGGGGAGCGCGCCCCUCCGCCCGCACGGCCCCGCCGCCCGCCGCCGGCUCCCGCCGCGUGCGCCUGCAGCUCGCCACGCUCGAGGCCGGGUCUGGGGCGGCGGGUGCGGGCAAAGAGUGAGCCCGAGAUGAACGCAUGGCCACACCUGUCAGGACACGAUGGAGCUGUGCAGCUGCCCCGUCAUCAUCUGGCUGCCGGGACGCCUACCUGCCCUCCUUCUGUCCUCCCCUGCAUAAAGGGCU